CUGACGUAGCUAGCAGACGACUUUUAGCUAUCAGCACAAACCGGUUGAACGAGAGAGACAGAGGCGAGCAUCACUUCAAUACUGCAUGACCGCAUAAUGAUUAACGUACGAUACUAAAAUGGCGGCAUCACUUUCACAGCUCUCUGUCCUUAGUCAAAUCAGUGAAGAAUUCCUUCUUUGUCAAGUUUGUUUCGAGCGAUUUAGCAAACCCAAAGUCUUACCCUGUCUUCAUAGCUUUUGUGAAGCCUGUUUACUGAGAUACGCGCCAGAUGGAAGCCAUACUAUUAGAUGUCCACUAUGCCGGCAAGAAUCGGAACUCCCUGAAAAUGGCGUCUCCGGGCUUGCUGAUAACUUCUUCAUACUGAAUCUAUCGGAUGUGUUCACACCGCGCAAGGAUGAGGGGCCGAGGAGGAAAGCUGUGUGUACCAUAUGCGUUGGUCAGCAGCCGGCUGAAGCCCACUAUAGAUGCUUGGAAUGUGUCGACUUUUUAUGUGAUGAAUGUGCACCAUCUCAUGACCACCGAAUCGCCCGUUUCACUCGCAAACAUCACAUAAUAUCCGUUCCCGCUUCUGAGAAUAAGAAGUUACUCAAACGCGAGAUCGUCUGCUCCAAGCAUCAAUCCGAGGCGGUCCGUUUCUACUGUGAAUCGUGCACGGUUCCAAUCUGUCGGGAAUGUAUACUGAUCGAACAUAAGGAUCAUUCUCAUACCUUCCUUCAAGAUGAGGUGACCCGUCAUAAAAACACCAUCGACGGUCUCAUGAAGAAUGUUCGAGAUCGGAUCGCGACGUUCGAGGAGGCUCUUCGCGGAGUGGACGAGGUAGAGGCUCAACUAGAGGCGAAUCGUGGUCAGGCCGAGUAUGUCAUAGAGAGGACACUCCAGGAUGUCAUGUCGCUGUUACGUAAGCAACAGCAGGAGCUGGGACACCGGUUAGCAAGGAUUUGCCAGGGUAGUAAGCAGCAGCUAACAGCACACCGUAGGAGUUUACAAUCUGGACUAGAUAACCUUCUCAGCGGGUUUGAUUUCACCGAGAAGGCUCUUGGACAUGGAUCAGAGUUGGACAUUCUGUCCAUCAAGGACCAGGUGAUCGAGAGGUUACAAGGGCUAGCCGUGGUCUCUCCUCAACAAGACUUUACAAUGGAGCAGUUGAGUAACCUGUACUUCGAGGCUAAGGAAAGUGCCGUUGACCACUCCCUCCCCCAGCUAGGUGAAAUCAAAUGUGGAGACAAAACUUUCAGUGAACUUUCCCAGGCCACCGACACCAGAUCAAUAUGCUCUAUUGAUUCAAAUGAGCUGGACGACAGCUCUCUAUCUGAAUGUGCUCCUAAAUCACCUAAAAGAACAGCCAAAGAGUCCGUGCUAAAGAAGCCUCAGAUAUUGUUCCACCUGAAGGAUGAAACAGAUGAAGCUGGUGAGUUUGAUUGGCCAAGUGGUGUUGCUUCUACUGCUGAUGGAGAGUACACGGCCAUAGUGGAUCGCGACAAUGACCGUAUCCAGGUCUACAAUCGCAAGGGAAGAUUCGAAUGUAAGUUCGGCUCUAGAGGGCGCCAGCCAUGUCAGUUUGAGCUUCCCCUGGACGUUGCCAUUACAGGAGGUGACGACCCGUGUGUGUAUGUCACUGAUGAAUACAACCACCGUGUCCAGAAGCUAACUUUGUAUGGUCAAUACAUUCUCCACUUCGGCGACAACGGUCUCUUCAAGCAGCCAUAUGGAAUAGCUCUCGCCAAGGAUGGACGCGUGGUGGUCACUGACAUCGGGAAACAUCGCAUCACCAUCCACGAUCCUGACGGUAAUCUCAUCAGCUCUUUUGGUUCUCGUGGUGACGCCGACAACCAGUUCAAUGAACCUCGCUACGUCACCAUCAGCAACAACCGCAUCAUCGUCUCCGACCACUGCAACCAUUGCAUCAAGAUCUUCGACUUCAAAGGCACUCAUCUUCACACCUUUGGGUCCUGUGGCUCUGGCAACGGUCAGUUCAUCGGUCCGACCGGUGUCUGCACCGACCAGGAAGGUAACAUCCUGGUAGCUGAUUGUGCCGAUAGGCUACAGUUGUUCUCUCCUGAAGGGAUGUUCAUCCGCCAUCUAUUGAAUGAGUCAGAUGGCCUCAGUGGGCCUCUGGGUAUGGCUAUGUCAUCUAGCGGAGAGCUGGUAAUCACCAACCUCGGUACUCACUGUGUAAACAUGUUUAGAUAUUCAAGCUGGGUGUAACCAUGCUCAUGCAAACAGUUCUCAUUGAAGCACAUUAAUGUAAUACAAAUUUUAAAAUUGGUUUCGUAAGAAAACCUCCUCUAUUGUCGCUAAGCUUGUAUUUAGUGCUACUAAUUUGAAACGAACAUAAAGUUGGAUCCUAAAUCACACCUGAAAACAGCUGAAAUUACUGCCAUUUUAAUCCAAAUUUUGAGGUCAUUUACAUGAACAACCACUGAGAGGUAUAAAAGCGAAAUCGAGAAAUUUUAUAAGAACAGUUGUGGAAAACUGCACAAAAUAUCACCUUCUUGUGACAUGAAUUCAAUAUCGAAGUAUAAGUCUUUGUAGAAAAGAAAAAAAUCAACAAAAAAUCAAGGAUUUUAGUAACGUUUAACGUAAU